AUGAACUCCCCAAAUCCUCUUCCCUCAAAAAUCCUUGUAAUAUUUGCUGUUUUGGCCAUCCGCUGCUUCUUAUCCGCAUCGGCCAGGUGCCACGUGGACGAUGAGGCCGGGCUGCUGGGUUUCAAAUCGGGCAUCCGGUCCGACCCGUCCGGCAUGCUGGCCUCCUGGAAGAAGGGCACCGACUGCUGCCAAUGGUCAGGCGUGACGUGUCUGUCGGGAUCCCGGGUCACUGCCCUGAGCCUCUCGGGUCGACCCGGAAACCUGACAACCAGCCUGUCGGGCACCAUCUCUUCCUCCCUCUCCAAGCUCCGGUAUCUGGAUGGACUCUAUCUCCAGGACCUCAACAACUUAACCGGGCCUUUCCCCAACUUUCUCCAUACUCUUCCCAAUCUUCUCUUCAUCUACAUCGAGAACAACGCGCUAUGCGGGCCCAUACCCGCUGACAUCCGGAGGAUUGCCCGGCUCGACGUGCUGAACCUGGAAGGAAACAGAUUUUCCGGGCCCAUACCGAGUGCUGUCGGCGAGUUGACUCAGCUGACCCGGCUGCAGCUCGGCCGCAACCGCCUCUCUGGCACCAUCCCCACCAGCAUCCGGCGGCUGAGGAAUCUGACCCAGCUGCAUUUGGACCGGAACCAGCUGUCCGACACAAUUCCCGACAUAUUCUCGGGCCUCACCAGCCUCAUAAGCGUGCGCCUCUCGGGCAACAUGCUCACCGGGACGAUUCCCCCAAGCAUUUUAGCAACCGCCCCCAACAUUCGCUAUCUUGAGCUGGGAGGUAAUUCCCUGACCGGCCCGAUCCCUGAUUUUCUCGGAAAAUUUCGGGCCCUCGACACGCUGGACCUCUCCCGGAACAAAUUCUCCGGAACCGUGCCAAAGACUUUCGCGAACCUGACCAAAAUUUUCAAUCUUGACCUGUCGCGCAACAAUUUAGUCGACCCUUUUCCGAAAUUGCACGUAAGAGGUAUCGAGUCCCUCGAUUUAUCUUACAAUAAUUUCCAUCUAGGCGAAAUCCCGGAAUGGGUCACGGUUUCGCCCAUCAUUUACUCUCUGAAACUGGCGAAAUGCGGAAUCAAGAUAAAACUCGACGACUGGAAUCCGACUGAGACUUACUUUUACGACUACAUCGACUUGUCCGAGAACGAGAUUACUGGAAGCCCGGCGAAGCUUCUGAACAGGACAGAUUAUCUCGUGGGCUUUUAUGCUUCUAACAACAAGCUGAAAUUUAACUUGGAGAGUACCAAGUUUGCUAGGACGUUGAGGUUUCUGGAUCUGUCGAGGAAUUCGUUGUUCGGGAAGGUGCCUAAGGCUGUGACAGGCCUGUCGAAGUUGAACGUGAGUUAUAAUCACUUGUGUGGUCAGCUGCCGGCGACAAAGUUUUCGGCUAGUGCUUUUGCCGGAAAUGAUUGCCUGUGUGGGCCACCGUUGCAGAAAUGCAAAGCUCGAGGAUGA